AUGCCUGAUACUUUUGACGAAUCUCUCUCCCCUCCUCCUCUACAAAAUCCCUCGUCCACUGAUCCUUCCACCAUCCUACCCGUCCACGUCGCUCAGCACAGGCAGAACCUGGAAAGGGAGAAGAAAAAAUCACAAGGCGAACAAGGAAUACAGCUAGACACAUUGCUUCACAAACCGGAAGACAAAGGCAACGACCCGGAUUCAACAACUCCGGACGCUGUUGAAGGCGACUCCGAUUCGGCCGAGGACGAGCAAACUGAGGACAAGGCCCUCUUACCCUCAGAUAAAACUUCACCACAAAUGAAACGAAAAAGUCGAAACGAUAAAGACCAACCGUCCAGUCGGCGCACUGAUCUUCACGUCUCGACCAAUCAGAACGGUGACGCGAAUGGCCACGCAAACGGCGAGAUGAAUUCCCAGCUUGAGAUGAGUCGGAAGACGGCCUCGAUGGAUUCCCCAACAGCCAGGGCGCAUCUCAUGAGCAGGUCAGAAUUUACACUCGAUGAUGAGCCUCCGCCUCCAACACCCAACACACCCGGCCUGGUCACUACGAGCUUUACCGAUCUACCAGUAUCGGACAGGCGGAAUUUUCUGCUGCUUUGUCUGUUAUAUUUCUUGCAGGGUAUACCAAUGGGGCUGGCAAUGGGUUCGGUACCGUUUUUAUUGAAAAGUCACUUUUCGUAUGGUCAGAUUGGGAUAUUCUCCUUGGCAGCAUAUCCAUAUGCGUUGAAAUUGUUAUGGAGUCCCAUUGUCGAUGCUGUCUGGAGUCGUAGGUUUGGAAGGAGAAAAAGCUGGAUCACCCCUAUUCAGACCAUUUCUGGAAUAUCGAUGAUUUGGCUGGGCAAGAGAAUAGACAAGAUGAUGGUUGCUGCGGGUGAGAACGAAGGGGCUGGUGUUUGGUCAUUCACCGGUUGGUGGUUCCUACUCGUGAUGCUCUGUGCUACGCAGGAUAUUGCUGUAGACGGCUGGGCUAUCUCCCUCCUUUCGAUCCCGAACCUAUCCUACGCCUCAACAGCACAGACUGUCGGUCUCACGGCUGGUUCUUUUCUGUCUCAUACCGUCUUUCUGGCAUUCAAUGCCCCAGACUUUGCCAAUCGUUGGUUUCGAAGUACACCUCAGGAGUAUGGGUUGAUGACUCUGGGAGGCUACAUGGAAUUUUGGGGAUGGGUUUAUCUACUUGUCACAUUUGGACUCGUGAUCCUCAAGAAGGAGGAUAGGACGAAAGAGAGAGACGGGAUAAUGGAAGUAUACCGCAGUAUGCUUGGAGUGCUGAAACUGAGGAAUAUCCACACCCUCAUCAUUAUCAUGCUUAUUGGCAAACUCGGGUUCGUGACGAAUGACGCUGUCACGAACCUCAAGCUUCUAGAUAAAGGUUUUGGCCAGGCAAAUCUGGCGCUCGUUGUGUUGAUCGACUUUCCAUUUGAGAUCAGUCUGGGCUAUUAUGCCGGAAAAUGGUCCACCAAGUAUACGCCUCUCAGGUUAUGGUGUUGGGCUUUCGCUGCCAGGUUGCUCGCUGCCAUUUUCGCACAGAUCACUAUUAUGAUAUAUCCGUCGAAUCCGGUCCCGACGUGGUAUAUGCUUGUCGUGAUCCUUGAGCAUAUUUACUCGACUUUCAUGAACACAGUAAUGUUCGUUGCCGGAUCAGCGUUCUUCGCCAGGAUUGCCGAUCCUGACAUUGGAGGGACAUAUAUGACCAUGCUGGCUACUGUUUCCAACCUUGGUGGCACAUUCCCCAAAUUCUUCAUCCUUAAACUUGUCGAUGCGCUCACUGUCGCCACCUGUCAUCCUCAUCCAGAUCUUUCAUCGUUUAAGCCUGUAGACCCGUCAAUAUCACCCGUUACAUCUCCCUUUUCCUGCGUGUUGGAGGCCGAGAAACACCGUUGCGUGGAGGGAGGCGGCACGUGUACGAUAGCGCGAGAUGGUUUCUACUAUACCAACAUAAUCUUCGUCAUCAUUGGUGCGUUGACUUUUUGGGGAUAUAUCCAGAGGAAAGCCUUGGCUCUUCAAGCACUACCUCUCCGGGCGUGGAGGUUGAGCGGGGAGCCUUGA